AUGUCAGUCACGAAAUGGAAGAUGUUCUUCGACAUUGCGUGUCCCAAUUCAUGGAUAAGCUUCAAGGUUUAUUCCACGAUGAUACGCUAUGGCACCAUAACACCUGCAAUAUUUCUCUCUUCAAUCAAGAAGCAUUUUCCUGAACACUUCCUGCGUUCUGUUGAAAUUGUCGGAGAACGGAUAUGGGAACGGAAGCAGCUAGUCCAUAAAGGAGCUCAUCUAUUUCAAUGCUCACGUGAAGCUGGUUUGAGCUUCAAAGAUUCGGACGAGAUCAUUUCUCGUCUUUCACACGUGGAUUCUCGGCAGCUCCUUCAUGAGAACUCUCAAGAGGCACUUCAAUUAGGGGUUCUUAAUUGCUAG